AUGGACCCCUGCGCCUUCGUCCGCCUCACCGUGGACCAGCUCCUCCUCAAGCUCCCCGCCGUGCCGCGCCCCAGCUCCGGCGCCGCCGGCGUGCACCCCUCCACCUCCCCCUGCUUCUGCACGCUCCACCUCCAGGAUCACCCUUCCUCCCUCUCCCGCACGGCGCCGCUGCCCCUCGCGUCCGCCUGCCUCCCUGGCGGGGCCUGCGGCGGCGACCCCGUCGUGCUCAGCCUCGACGCCGCCGCCGUGCAGAAGCUCUCGGGCCGCCCCGUCGAGCUCGUCGUCACCGUGCACGCGGGCCAGUCCAAGGGGAGCACGAGCACCGGCUGUGGCGUGGGCGCCAGCCGCGCCCUCGGGAAGGUGCGCGUGGCCGUCGACGUGGCGCGCGCCGCGGCCGGGGAGACCGUCGUGGCGCGCGACGGGUGGGUGGACGUGGGGAAGCCGGCGUCGUCGGCCGCGCGCGCGCAGAUCCACAUGCUCGUGCGGGCCGAGCCCGACCCGCGCUACGUCUUCCAGUUCGGGGGCGAGCCGGAGUGCGGCCCCGUCGUCUACCAGGUGCCUGGCGGAAGCGCCGGCGGCGGGCAGCGGCAGCCGGUGUUCACCUGCCGGUUCAGUGCUGGCCGGAGGGCAGCUAGGACCAGAUCUCUGACGUCGGAAUCGUCCAUGACCCGGAGCCCCAGCCGGAGGCUGCGAUCGUGGCUGAGCACGCUGCACGGCGACGGGGACAAGCGUGCGCAGCGCGACCAGCGCAAGGGGUGGAUGGUGACCAUCCACGACCUCUCCGGCUCCCCGGUGGCGGCGGCGUCCAUGGUCACCCCGUUCGUGCCGUCCCCGGGCUCCGGCCGCGUCUCCCGCGCCAACCCGGGCGCCUGGCUCAUCCUCCAGCCCACCGGCGCCGGUGCGUCCAGCUGGAAGCCGUGGGCGCGGCUGGAGGCGUGGCGGGAGCGCGGCCCCGUCGACGCGCUCGGCUACCGCCUCGAGCUCGUCUUCGACUCGGGCCCCGUCGAGUGCGCCGUCCCCAUCGCCCAGUCGUCCAUCAGCGCCAAGCGCGGCGGCCAGUUCGUGAUCGACCCGGCCACGUUCCCCGAGGGCUCCGCCGGCGGUGCGUGGCCGUUCGCCGGCGGGUUCGUGAUGGGCUCGACGGUGGAGGGCGAGGGGAAGGCCAGCCGGCCCACCGUGCAGGUCGGCGUGCAGCACGUGGCGUGCAUGGGCGACGUGGCCGUGUUCAUCGCGCUGUCGGCUGCCGUCGAUCUCUGCAUGGACGCAUGCAAGCUCUUCUCGCACAGGCUCAGGAAGGAGCUGUGCCAGGACCAAGACGACUAG